UAGCAUCCACUCUGCCUGUAGCUGCGUUAGCUCUGUCAUUAAGUUAACCUUGUUGACCAGCGCAUUUAUAAGCUGCUGGAUGCACAAAACAGUGGAGAGCUGUUAUUUUACUCUUAUACUGGCGAGUAGAGCAGCAAGUGAACUGAGCAGCCUUUCGGGUGGAGGAUACCGGUGGAGAUGUGUAAUAAGCUGCACUGGACAGCAAGGACCUACCUGGCUGCCAGUCCAUCGACUGACAGCUGUCACCUCGCUGCUUAGCUAGCUAGCUAGGUGAGCUAACGGCUAACAAGUGUUAAUUCGGGCUCGUAGCCCGGCUAGUUCAGCCAGCCAGUGCGGGUCUCGGUUUAGAGAGGAAAGCGGCGACUUCUCAGCAGUAUUUGACUCCGCCUGCUGUUCAAACCAUGAGUUAGCCGAGCAGCGUCGGGCAGCAGUGUUUGUAAUAUUUUGAGGUCCAGCUAGUUUAGCUAGCUUUUAGCUUGAAGCUAGCUAGCUCAGUCAGUUAUUGAAAAACUGCUGAAGCGUUAACACCUCAGCGAGCAGUGGCUGAUUGUAUCCGACCACGACCGCUGUUACGACACGGAUACAUUGUGGACUUGGCUGAUAACAUCUGGGGGAAAUGAAGAAAUUUUUUGACUCUCGUCGGGAGUUCGUGGGCUCCGGGCCUGGUUCUGGAGCCGGUGGAGGAGGCGCUGGUUCUGGCGGCGGUGGCAGCUUCAUCGGACGGGUCUUCAGCAUCGGACGAUAUCAAGUGACAGUCGAGGAAAUCGUCGCCGAAGGAGGUUUUGCCAUAGUUUUUUUGGUGCGGACUCAUCAAGGUCUACGAUGUGCACUAAAAAGAAUGUAUGUCAACAAUGAAUAUGAUCUGCAGAUCUGCAAACUUGAGAUACAGAUCAUGAGGGACCUAGUGGGCAACAAAAACAUAGUUGGUUUCCUGGACUCCAGCAUAGCUGCCGUUGGAGCGGGUGAUGUGUGGGAAGUGCUGAUCUUAAUGGACUUUUGUCGAGGUGGGCAGGUGGUGAACCUAAUGAACCAGCGGUUACAGACAGGCUUCACUGAAGCCGAGGUGUCGCAGAUCUUUUGUGACACAUGCGAAGCUCUCGCUCGUCUCCACCAGUGCAAGACUCCAAUCAUACAUCGAGAUCUGAAGGUUGAAAAUAUCCUGCUACAUGACCGGGGACACUAUGUCCUCUGUGAUUUUGGAAGCGCCACGAACCGCUUCCAAAACCCUCAGACAGAGGGGGUGGCAGUCGUAGAGGAGGAAAUUAAAAAAUACACAACUCUGUCAUACCGUGCUCCAGAAAUGGUCAACCUCUAUGGUGGAAAAGUCAUUACAACAAAGGCAGACAUUUGGGCAAUGGGCUGUCUGCUCUAUAAGCUGUGCUACUUCACGCUUCCUUUUGGCGAGAGCCAAGUGGCGAUCUGUGAUGGCAGCUUCACUAUCCCAGACAAUUCGCGCUACUCCCAGGAAAUGCACUGUCUCAUUAGAUACAUGCUGGAACCUGACCCAGAUAAGAGACCAGACAUCUACCAAGUAUCCUACUUUGCCUUUAAACUGGCUCGAAGAGAAUGUCCAGUCCCAAAUGUAAAUAAUUCUCCCAUUCCUGCAAAACUUCCUGAGCCUAUCAGAGCCAGUGAAGCAGUGGCCAAAAAGAGUCAAACCAAAGCCAGGCUCACAGACCCAAUUCCUACCACAGAAACCUCAAUUGCACCAAGACAACGGCCCAAAGCUGGCCAGGCUCAGCCACAGCCGAUAUCAGGCAUUCUUCCCAUCCAGCCAGCUCUCACACCACGCAAGAGGCCCAGUGCGACAACCGGAGCACCCCAGGGCAUAGGCGUUGGUAUUGGUGUCCCACCUCCAGCUGCUGUCCAGCCUGCUCAACAGGCUUCUGCUGCACAAGCUGCAGCACAGCCAGCACAGACAGCCAACAUGCAGCCACAGGCUACACCUCAGCAUCAGCAGCUCCUCAUGAAGCAGCAGCAAGCCUCACCCUUCUUAAGCCCACAGAGCAACCAGCAGCAUCAGCUGGUACAGAACAUCCACCAACUGCAGCCACAACAAACACCGUCUCAAGCAUCUGCUCUGCUGCAGUCCAAAGCUAAACCUGUUCCUCCAGUUGUUACCCUGCAGCAUCAGCAGCAUGUAGCAGCUCCGCAUCUCACUCCCAUCCCUGAGUCUGCAGUCAUUCGCUCUGCAGUCGACCCAGAGACGGUUGGCAGAGGGAUGCACAAAGUUGGAUCCUUGACCCCUCCUUCAUCGCCAAAGAUGGCUCCUAAGAGCGGCCACAGACGCAUCCUAAGCGAUGUCACCCACAGUGCCCUGUUUGGGGUCCCAGUAAGCAAGUCCACCCAGCUACUUCAGGCAGCCGCAGCUGAGGCCAGCCUCAACAAGUCAAAAUCAGCCAGCACUACUCCUUCUGGCUCCCCCUGCUCAUCCCAGCAGAGUGUUUAUCAUCCAGGUGAUGCUGAUGCUCCGUCAGCACUUACUGCAACCAGUGCUCAGCCCAGCUGGAACCCCUUCGGAGACGAUAACUUCUCAAAACUAACAGCAGAGGAGCUGCUCAACAAAGAUUUUGCCAAGCUAGCGGAGACUGCUUCGACAGGCGAGAAGGUGACAGACUCCAGUGAAAAUCUCAUUCCAGGCCUCAAUGCUUUCCCAGCUGAAAGAUCUGCAGACAGCACAAGUGCAGGUUCAGGAUUGCCGACUGUCCCGGACUCCUUUAAUACCCUCUCACUCUCUGACACCACAGAGAAGCUGAUUGAGGGACUGAAGUCCCCUGAACCUUCUGUGCUGCUUCCUGACCUCUUAACCCUGGCUGACCCCUUCAGUACUUCUGCAGUGAGCUCCACCAAUGCAAAGGCUGAAGUGUGUGUGGAUUCACUGAUCCCUGGUUUGGAAGCUCCCCAGGCUCAGCGACAUUCAGUCCAGCCAGAGCUCAUCCCUGCCAUCAUGCCAGACUCUCUCACUGGGGAGGACUCUCUGCUGGGUUGCGAUCUGUUAUCUCAUACUUCUCAUGGAAACCAGUCUGUUUCUACUCCUCCUGGCUCCGGCUCUGGAUCCUGUCUGGAGGAGCUGCCACCUGGUCAGAAAGCUUCUGACUCUGCUUUCCUCAUGUCGUGUGGGGAGAAGGGCAAUGACGACGAGUUUGACCCUAUUCCCGUGCUCAUCUCCAAAAACUCAAAUCAAGAUGUGCAAGGGGAGAGUAAUGGCUACUCUGUGCUUGAGGAGGGACAAGAGACUGAAGUUCCAGAAGGAAAUCCUCAGAAAAACGAGGACUGUGUGCACUCCAGCGACGAAGACGAGGAGAAAGAAGGCCAUAAGGAAGAGCAGCAGGAUGAGGGAGCCGUUGAGAGUGACGUAGCUGCCCAUGACUGCAGUGGCUCCAGACCUUUGCUGAUGGACUCUGAUGAAGAAGAGGAACAUGGAUCUCAGUUAGCUCUCCAGUCGUCACUGCUCUCCAGCACAGUUCCAACACAACCAUCAUCUACCUUCCAUCAGCCUGCUUCAAGCACCUUCGCUCAGAAUCAUUCCUCGCAUGUGCACGACCUGGAAAAGGGGAUGGAUGUCGCUGCAGACGUCUUCUCCAAAGCCCCCUUUCGGAUCGCACAAGAAGACGCAGGCGAUGUGUUUGCCAACGCUCCGUUUCCACGUGCCCACCUCGUAGCACAGCAACAGCUCGAUGUAUUCUCUCAGGCUCCGUUUGGAAAAAGAAAGGAGGCUGCAGGAGUGCAACCGAAGACCUCAUACCCCCAUGCAGCUGGUGUUCAUGCUGUAGCCUCUGAUCAAGCUGUGUUGGGACAAGUUGCCCAACAACCAUUCCGCCCUCAAGCUCUGGCCAAAUAUUCCCGACACUUUGAGGGACCCGUGCCCCAGCAGCCGGUAGCAGCUCACAGAGUGGUGUCUAACGUGAGCAGGCAAGCCGCUGUGGCAUCAGUCCCCGUUGGGCCUCUUCACUCAUGGACCUCAGAAGUGGGCACUGUGGAUCCCUUCGUCUCGGCACCCUUUCACCUCAAGGCCCCACAAGAAAAGCCCUGAAAGCACACUCAAGAGGUCGGGGCAGUGGGGAUCAACGCCACUGAAUUAUGCAAACUGUAACAGGCGUACUGCAUGCUGUCACCAGCGCUGCAGCUGGACUGCAGGCCCGCAUGGAUCUCCUUCUUAACUGGCUCCAAUUAGAUCUGAUAGUGCAAGAUCAUCUUUACUAAACUGACAUCAUUCCCACACUCCUCGUCACUUUUUAUUUUUCUGGCGAUAUCCUUCCAAGUUUUGAUUUGUCCUUAAACCUUCUAGUAUACAUCUACACAAAGACACUAUGGUGGUCAAGCAUUUGAUUGUUUCCUUGCCUACCUCAGUUACCUUUUGUGUCGGCGCUGAAACACCUCACAGUGAGGGAGUUCAUAGAUUGUCUGCAGCUUUGGAAGUUUUACUUCCUGUACAUUUGAGCUCAACUGUGAAACUAUGAUCUGAAAACGCCUCAUUCCUCCAUUGUAUUAGUUCUCAGAAAGGACAAAUUUAGCUUGAAUCAUUCGAUUAUAACUUCACAGAAGCUUGAAGGAGGCAAAGACACUGUAGCACUAAUGUUGAGUAAAACAGUCGUAUGUGAUCACGUCAGAGAAGAAGUGUGUAAACCGCCUUACAGUAACACCCUCAGAGUCAACAGUUUUGGGCCUUUUGGUCUAAGACGCAGAUGCUGGAUAAUGUUGCAUAGACAUUUCAAGGGUAACGUUUGUGAAAUGUAUGGGGUUUUUUUCUUUCGAUCCAAAUUGUUUGCAUAUUUGUUAUGUGUAUUAUGUUUGUCGUCGCUGUCAUGUCUCAUGAAAAUGAAAUAUCAAUGUUUGUUCCAUGUAAUGUACGAACCUUAUAUACGUUAGGCGUAGAAAAUUCCUUAUAGUAGCUCCUAUGUUACGCAAAUGUACAAUAUUCACUUGUUUUUACCUCCUUACUGUACAAGCUGAAAUCUCAGAAGCCUUACACUCUUCCAGUACUCCCUCCUACCACAUCAAACAGCAUAUAUCACUUUUGCCUUUUGUGCCCUCCUGAAGAAAACUGCUGCAUUUACAUCAUUUAAUUGCACUCGCAUUCAGCACCACACUUGUGCUGUCUGCAGUACUCAUGCAAGACUUUCAUUCAGCACCGUAAUGCAUCUCUAUUGUAGACUCCUCUAUGAAAUCCAAAUGUGUACCAGCUGUGACACCCACAGUUAUGAAUAACUGAAACUAGACUGCAACUUUAAAAACGCUUUCCUGCAGUCACACAUAUAUCUACAGCACUUAUGCUUAGCAGUUCCAGUCAGGGAUUGUAAUAAUAGUCGUGUAAGUGAGAUCUUGAAUGGUGUCUGAUUGAGGACAUUCCUUUUGAAUUCAUUUCCAUCGCCAUUUGGGAAUGUUUUAUUGUCUUUGUACUUUGUGAGAAUCAUGGAACAUAUUUUGGUUCCCAUCACGGCACUUUUAAGAAAGGGGAUCCAAACCUGUUUCAACCCAAAGUUUAAAUUAUGUGUUCCUCUGUUGCAAUGUCAAAUCUUGUGUUCUUUUCUUUUUGAAGUGUACAAUCUUAAUUUUUUUCUUUCUUUUUUUUUUUAUAUAUAAAUGUUCACUUUUCGCACCCAAGUUGUAUACAUGAAGAUUGCACAGUCACUGACACAGAGUCAGGGUUCUCAAAGAAUGUUUUUUUGUCUGUAACACAGCUGUACAAUUAUUUUUGACCGGUGUUGUAUAGGAAACCUUUGGAGGAACAGCAGAUGACACUGUUGGACAUGAAAGCACUCACAAUACUUGUUAUGCUGCACAGCCUGCCUUUGAAAACUAUGUUGUAAGUCAUGGAAAAAAAAACAUUAAAUGAAUGUAAAUCAAA